AUGAAGGGUUCCACAGGGGACAUUGGCAAAGGGGCUUUAGCUAGGAAGCUGAAGACGGACCAUCGAUUAGCGGCAAAGAAGUGGAACGCUACGGAGGUGCUAAGUGAGAGCGAGACCGAUGGGUCACGACUCGAAGCAAAGAGACAUAAACCAGCGGUUAAGCGGCAAAGGUCGCACGAGGCAGAAACCUCCCUUGGCAAAAAACCGAGAAGGGGUGCGUCGCCAACCUUCAGCGAGAUCGCUAAAGGUGCUGGUGCAAAGUUACCUGGCGUGGUCGACCGCAGCAGGGAGGACGGGGCUAUCUCCCAUGAAGAGUGGAAGAGAGUAGCGGCGGCUAUCUCUUCGGUCUUCCUCAAGGUGGUCAAGAAAACCCGGGGCCACCCCCCAAAAUAUACCAGUGCCGGUUGGCACCAUGGGCUGCACAAGCUGACUAGAUGUGCCGAUGAAAGAUCGGGUAUCUUAUAUAAGAAGACAGUCUCUCUGGUGGGGGAGGUUUGGAAGGGGGCCAGACUGGAGGCCGUGGACAAAGAGGAUCUUCCUCUUCGCCAUAGGGCUCGCGUCUGGCUGCCAGCCGAACCAUCUACUCCGAAGGAGAUCGAGGAAAUCGUCAGGUACUGCAACCCCUCACUUCCCGCGCAUGACUGGAGGGUUAUAAGGCUGGAGAGAACCGAUGAACCAUAUCGCCAGGCGCUGAUUAUGCUUAACGCGGAGUCCAAAACCAAGGGAGCCAUCAGCUAUGGGCUCGAAAUGGUAGUACUGAAGGUACUCCCAACGGAUGCCAGGGCUGAUGGCACUCAAGCUGCAGAUGCGGGGGAGAAGGGAGAAGGCGUCAGUGAUGCUUAA